AUGUAAGCGGAACUUUGAGGGGAAAUUUGUGAACCCGGAUGUGCUCCAUUGAACAACUUCAAACCCAUUCGAGUCUCGAUCAUUGCACGGAAAAGUUUGACUGCGUGAAGUUGAUUGGAUCGUAAUUAUUAUAUCUGAAUCAAGAAGUGGUGGUUACAUUAAUGUCAGAUAAUUAUCACAUAUGACUGUCAAAGAUGACUACAACAAUGACAGCAGUGAAUGACUCUUCGACAAUGUCGACAACGCUCUCAACAUCGACGUCGUUUGUGUCAGAGACAAUGGAAUAUACCGAAUGGAACGGGUCUUCGUAUGAUAUGAACAUGACAACGAUUGCGACAACGAAAAAACAGCUUGUAUCGGAUGCAGAAGCUCUCGUGAUGAGUGUGUUCCUGAAUGUCAUAGCGCUGUUAGGAAUCAUUGGAAAUUCAGUAGUUAUCAUGAGUGUGGUGUUCUGUCGAAAGUUACAAACAGCGACCAAUGUGUUCAUUAUAGCUCUUAGCGUGACAGAUCUCUUGGUGUGUAUUACACUACCAUUUCAGACGUUUGCUUUAAUUUCAAAAGAUGGCUGGCCCUUGCCAGACUGGCUAUGUGCCUCUAUUGGUGGUAUAACAAGUAUCUGCUUUGGGGCUAGUGUUCUGCUACUCGUUCUAAUCGCCAUCAACAGAUAUUUCGUUAUCACCAGACCUCGUAGCACUUGUCGACGGUUCUACAAACCCCGUAACCUUUUUUUCAUGGUGUCCUCAACCUACCUGUACACUUUCAUCAUGUUCGCUGUCCUACCGAUAGUUGAUAUCGGGAAGUUAGGUUAUUCGGAAUCCUAUCGUAUCUGUUCGUGGGAUGACGAGCACGAACUCUCUGAAGUCAACGACAUCAUCGUGGGGCUGACAUUCAGCGUAUCGUUCAUCAUCAUCGUCGUCUGCUACGUCCGAAUAUUUCUCUUCAUCAAGAAGCAUCACCGUGCCAUGCUCUCCCAUAGAUCACCAAGUGAAGGAAACGUCGGGAUGGAGAAUGACUUUACUAGCGCAGAUCAGACGGAGACCCAGCUACCCUCUACCCCUUCCUCCGUACCUCAUAAUGCAGCAAAUUCUAACAUUACAGAAGGACGGAAGACAUCGGGUAUCCAGACUGUAGUCAACAGACGAGAGGUGGAGAUCACCAAGAACCUUCUAAUGGUCAUUGUAUCAUUUUUCCUGUGCAUUGCACCUUACAGUGUCUCUUUGCUGUUACCCGAAGGUCUAUCCCUGUCUAUAUUCACCGGGAUACUCCUUAUGGCCAAUGCUUGCAUCAAUCCAAUUAUAUAUUCCUUCAAACAUCCUACAUUUAAAGUUGUCAUCCGAUGUGUUAUCUGCUGUAGGUAUGCAGACAUUCCAAAGCCUUCACCGACAUUAAAGAAGCUCUUAAACCUGAGGCGUAAAACACCUUAAGAACAACCUAUCUAAGUGAUCGUAUUUGUGUUGUAAUAUUAUUGUAAUUUCAACUCUAUCCAAAUCAACUUUGACCAAUCACGUGGCAUUAAUAGUUUAAUUGUAUUGUAAAGGAUAACCUACAAUAGGCAUGUAAUUAACAUUUUGAAUGAUGAUUUUUUUAAAAGUGAAAGACAUGUAAAACGUAGAGCAUUAUGUUGGAUGUUGAAUGACUUUUAAGAUUAUUACCUUACAUGUUGCAGUGCUUCAGCAAGAAGAUGUACAUGAUCAAAUUAGAGUCACGUGAGUGAUUCGUUGAAGACUUAUUUUAAAAAAAUUGAUACUGAAGUCUUUCACUUUCUUUGGAGAUAAUCAUAGCUUAAUAUUAAACAAGAAAAGGGAAGUGUGACUUCGCUGUGUUAUACAGACGUCUUUGGACUAAACAAAACUAACAUCAAAGUCCGGAGACUAAUCCACUGGGCCACAACGCUCCACGACCCUGUUAAUGAUAUGAACGUAUCUAUUAGGCCUCUUUUGGUUAUUUUAUUGGUCGUGGCGUUUCAUGCAGCUGUUCUUAAUACUACCGACCUUACACUAAAAAAAAAUGUUGGAUAAACAUUUUGAAAGGUUUGGGGAAUGACAACCUUUUCUAAUUGUUGCAUUUACAAGUUUUAAAAUGUUGGAUACAAGUUUCAUGCAAGGUCGGAAAUAACAUUCGGAAAAGGUUGUGACUCCUCCGGCCUUUCAGUUAGUGAUGUAACAUUUUCAUUUUUUCAGACCUAGACCCAACUGGCUGCCAAAUGGGAAAACAAAUGCUCAUUCACACCAGCAUGGUCAACUAACGUUGAAAUCAAUCUUUGUAGAUUAAAAUAAUAAAUUUCAACAAGCACAUGACAUGAAGAAUUCAAUAUAAAGUUUGAUAUGGUUUGUACUUAUAGGAAAUACACUCUCAUCAUCAUAUUAAAAAAUGGGGAAAACAUAAUCUUAAUCUCAGACCCUAUAGUUGUUGCCACAGAAGUGUUGCUAGGAGUGUAACCAAACGGUAUAGAGCAAUAUGUUUUUUCACACAAAAUAGUUAUUGGUACAAAGGCAAGACGAUAGGAAAUAUUUUGGUACAUAACACCUAUGUCUUACCCAAUUGAAUUUAUCAUUUUUUUCCAAAAUUGUAUACGGAGAUGUGGCCAUCAACUUUGAUUACUGUGUACCUCUCUGUUUCAGGGCCCAGGAUGGCCAUAUGCGACGGACAUAAAAUAUAAUCUACUAUUGACUUACCGUUGGGUGGCAUCCACGUUGGGAUAUUGAGAACUUGGUAAAUUAUUGCUGAGGAUGAUUUUUCAAUAUUGAUUCUUUCAAUUCUUUUUCAAUUCACAUAGGCCUAUAAGAAGUUAAUAUAAUUGCAUUCUUCUCCAUUCUUGUAGUUUUCGUCUGGCUCAUUGCAAAACAUAAAGUGAACGUUAUUGCGACGAUUGAUUAAUGUGUUUUUUAAUCAUAUUAUCUUAUAAAAUAUAUUUCUGUAGUCUUUACAAAAGGAUGAAAUAAGUAUGAACGAAUGCAUUCUUAUACAACAAAAAUAUGGAAAAUAUAAAGCUAUAAAUACUGUCAUACUCGUAAGCUUUUCGUCGUACACUCAUCAUGCUCAUCAUAAUUGAGGUUGUGUUUCCAUAGCGAUCUGUCCAUUCUCGUGAUGAGAUAAGAGUAAUAAAAUACGAUACAAAAAUCAAGAAACUAAACAUGUUGUUGCGUUUGAAGUUCUGAUUAUACAUAAGAAACAGCUUUAGUGUAUAUUAUACAUCAUUGUUUAUAGCAUACAUGUACAUCAUGUCAAUAAUACUGAAAGACUUCAUGUCAUUUACGUCGAGAAAUGACAGUUAUGGUGUUAAUAUACAUAAUUGUUAUUGCUUUCUUAUCUGGAAUAAAGAACAUAUUUUACUUCAA